UGGCCUAAUGGUUAAUUUCGAUUCCCAAUUCCAUUUUGUUAGGCCCCAACUCGGAUAGUUGUGUCUGUCGGUUUCGAUCCGUGGUCAACGAUUUUGGGUCCGGACUAUUGACCCCCAAGCCAAUUCGGGCCGGUUCAGCCGGUUCCAAUUUGAACUGGGCGUCACUAAUUCGAUUUGUUUUGGUUUGGUUGUUUUGGUUCCGGUUUGCUCACCCAUGGGAAAAACACUAUAAAAACGGCGCCGUAGUAUGAGUAGCAAAUGUUUAUAAACCCUUGUUCCAAAUCACUGAGUCCAUUUCCCUCUAUAUUGAAUCCCUUUCUUCAAAACCAAUUCAACAAUGUGCAGCGAAACCAAACGCAAGCGGAAGCGCGGCGGCGGCCGCACAAAAAUCCGAUCGCCGGAGCUUGAGAACAGCAACAGCAACAAUAACUCAGCUUCCCCGCCCACCACCAGCGCCGCAGAGAACGAGGUGGUCUUCUCCGUCAAUAACGUGGAGCUCGUCAACACGAAUGCUCCGUCCACCUCCGACCGUCACGGUCGCCGUCGCGGCCGUCCCCGUAAAGAACCCGAACCUGAACCACCCCUCCCCGCUGCCAGUUCCAAAACCCUAGUUUUGCCUAUUGCCAAUGGUGUUGUGUCUACUUCGCUGAUCAAGGCGGAGAAUUCGGUGGCUAGGGCUGUCCCAGCUAUGGACGCGGUGGUUAAGGUUUUCUGCGUUCAUACUGAGCCGAACUUCUCGCUACCGUGGCAGAGAAAACGGCAGUAUAGUUCGAGUAGCAGCGGCUUUGUUAUAAAGGGAAGGAGGGUUUUGACGAAUGCACAUUCGGUGGAGCACUAUACGCAGGUCAAGUUGAAGAAGAGGGGUUCGGAUACAAAAUAUGUAGCUACUGUGCUUGCAAUUGGGACAGAAUGCGAUAUUGCUUUGCUAACAGUAGAAGAUGAUGAGUUCUGGGAAGGGGUUUCUCCUGUAGAAUUUGGGGAUCUGCCUGCACUUCAAGAUGCCGUUACCGUUGUUGGUUAUCCAAUUGGGGGCGAUACAAUCUCUGUAACAAGUGGGGUUGUUUCACGAAUAGAAAUUCUUUCAUAUGUUCAUGGAUCAACGGAACUUCUGGGGUUGCAGAUUGAUGCUGCUAUCAAUUCUGGAAAUUCAGGGGGACCUGCUUUCAAUGAUAAGGGAACUUGUGUUGGGAUCGCAUUCCAAUCACUCAAGCACGAGGAUGUUGAGAAUAUUGGUUAUGUCAUACCAACACCAGUCAUUAUGCACUUCAUCCAGGAUUAUGAGAAGAAUGGCACAUAUACUGGGUUCCCAAUUCUUGGGGUUGAGUGGCAAAAGAUUGAAAAUCCAGACUUACGUUUGUCCAUGGGGAUGAAACCUGAUCAGAAGGGUGUGCGUAUAAGAAGAAUUGAUCCCACUUCGCCAGAGUACUCUGUUUUGAAACCAUCAGAUAUUAUACUUAGCUUUGAUGGGGUUGAUAUUGCUAAUGAUGGAACAGUUCCAUUUAGGCAUGGUGAGCGCAUAGGCUUCAGCUACCUGGUAUCCCAAAAGUAUACUGGGGAUACUGCUGCAAUUAAAGUUCUGCGUAAUUCUCAAACUCUGAAGUUUAAAGUCAAGCUUGGCACGCACAGAAGGCUCGUUCCAGCUCACAAUAAGGGACGACCUCCAUCAUAUUAUAUUAUUGCUGGAUUUGUUUUUUCAACAGUUUCCGUUCCAUACCUACGUUCUGAGUAUGGAAAAGAUUAUGAGUAUGAAGCUCCAGUCAAGUUGUUGGACAAACUCUUGCAUGAAAUGCCCCAAUCGGUGGAUGAACAAAUCGUUGUUGUUUCUCAGGUUCUUGUGGCCGACAUCAAUAUUGGAUAUGAGGAAAUUGUCAACACCCAGGUUCAUGCCUUUAACGGCCAGCCUGUGAAGAAUCUGAAGAGUUUGGCUAGCAUGGUUGAGAGCUGCAAUGAUAAAUACUUAAAAUUUGAUCUGGAAUAUCAACAGAUUGUAGUUCUCCAGACGAAGACUGCUAAAGCAGCAACCUUGGACAUCCUCUCGACCCACUGUAUACCAUCAGCCAUGUCGGAUGAUCUCAAAGCAUGAUAUAAUGCAACCAUAUAUUCAGUCUUACCGGGUGGUAACAUUAGCCACGCAUCAAUCGGGAGGCAGAGCAUAAAGUUACCUGAGAUUUCCGUACAAUUCUCCUUAUACUGCAAAAUUUUGUUCCACCCUUAUUUGUCAACUUGUGCUUCCAUUUAGAAAGAGCUGGGUCAUAGAGGCUGUUCCAGCAAGUUCAGUUAGUUCUAGUCGAGUAAUCGAUUUAUUAUGAGAGGACUCUUUGAGUCUCUAUUUUGCUUCGAUUAGUAGCCAGUUUGAGACUGGCUGGCUACCCAUUGGCUGUAAUUCCUAAUUAAGCUUUUUGAAUCCUUAUUUUUCA